AUGGAUAAGUACGGACAUAUAGCUCAUCAAGAAGGCGAUGUUUGUUAUUAUAUUCCAAGGCUGUUCAAAUACAACAGUUAUUAUAGUGGGACAGAGGACGUUCGAAUAUUUGUUGGAGAUUUAAAGUACCGGAUGAGAGUUUCUUUGCAAAUUUGCGAAAAGUAUUAUGAUAGGCGGUUGUCGAUGUUGUUCUGGAAAAAUCAUCCUUUACAGCAAAUACACCUUAUUGGCUGCAUCAUUGGACUCCAGUUCAAAUGGAUUGGGAAACAAGAAUACAUUUUUUUUCAGUUGGACGAUUGUACUUCAGACUCUUCAUUGGUGGGUUAUACUAGUGACAUGAGAUUCUUAACAUGUAAAGUUAAGAAGGAUAGCAUCCUAUCAUGGGGGUUGAACAUAACCGAUUUGAUAGGCUUAACUCUUCAUGUCUACGGGCAAGCAAGUUUGAACUAUCAAGAGCUUCAAGUUGAAUAUUUAAGAUUAUGCUACAGUUUAACGGAAGAAAUAGAUCAUUGGAAAAUCACAAUGAACAUGCGUGAGCAACUUGACACGCCUUGGUCCUUAAGCGAUUUUGUAAUUGGAGAAUUGUUCACGCAAGAGCAAGAGUGGACACCUGAGACAUCACAGAUUGAGGUAGUAAACCCGGAUUUUGUAGGUAUAGGGUACAAAACCCCAGAAAGUAAAAGAAAUGAAACUACUUUCAUCGAGCAACUGCAAGAAGAACGCUUGAAGGAUGAAUUAGAAAUUAUUAGUCCAUACAAUAGCACAGAUACUUCGAAUAGUGUGCAUUCCUUGUCAUUUCGGUUUGUAUCGUCGCUAAAGGAUUUUCCUGAAACUCACUUUUUGAAUUCAGGUGAUCAAAUUGACAACGGCAAUGACGAACAGUUAAAAAAACUAGAAUAUCAAAGCGCUAAUCUACCUGUGAUGAUUCCCAAUAGGACAUCAGCAAAGUCAAACUUGAUGUUGAUCCUAUUAGGACUACAAAUGAAAGAGAUUUCUAAUUCUGACCUUUACAAACUAAAGGAAGUACGCAGCGUAGUAACUAGCUUAGCAUCGUUUUUGUUUCAACAACAAAAUGUUGGCGUCAUGAAAUCUUUUGACUCUUUGGAAAAGGAAGCGUUUCGAGACCUGGUUAAUCGUCUAGUCAGCCAGGGUUUGAUCGGAUUAAAAGAUAAAACAAGUGAGACAUUUGAUUUGCUUCCUCUAAAAAAUCUUUUUGAAUAUGCUGAAAAACGUAUAUCAGUUCUAAUGAAGCUACAAUGUUAUACAGGCACUGUGCAAUUAAGUCAUGUUCAGGAAAAGCUACAUUUGCCGUACAUAACAACGAACGGCAUCGUUGAUGUUUUCAAAGAAUGUCUUAAAAGGACAAAGAAACAGUAUCCUGAGGUACUAAAAAAUUGGUGGAUUGAUCUUGAUCCGAAGAAUGGUAUGGAGGACCAAAACAGUGGAAUAUUAUUACAUUUGGAAUACGCAGCAGCAUAUUCAUAA